AUGAAAAAAAAAGAAAACGAUUCGAAAACAUCAGACAAGUCACUGAAACAGAUUAAAAAAAAUGGAAAAAUCGAGAAAAAGAAAAAGAAAGACAAUUUUGAAGUUCAUAUUCCUCGAAUCAUUGUACGUAAUCUAAGUUUCAAAGUUAACGAAGAUCAAUUGAAAAAAGCUUUUGAAAAAUCUAAUGCUGCAAUUAGCAAUGUAUCUAUUGUUAAAAAAGAUGGACAAUCGAAAGGAUUUGGUUUUAUAACUUUUGAUAAACUUGAAGAUGCACAAAAAGCAAUACAAACAAUGAAUGGUCAAAAAGUACUCGGUCGACCCAUAGCUCUCGAUUGGUCUUUACCAAAAAAUGUCUAUGAAAAAAUGCAAGAAAAAACAUCAAUUCAAAACGAUAGUUAUGGUAUUCAAUCAAAUAUAAAUGCAUCAGACAUUAAACAAGAACAGACAGAAAUUAAACAAGAAGUUGAAGAUGAACAAGAAGAAUCAAUUGAAGAUGAAGAAGAAAUAUCAAAAACAAGAACUAAUGAAAGUAGUCGUGAUAUACGUGAACAUCGCACAUUAUUUGUUCGUAAUGUACCAUUUGAUGCUACAGAAGAUGAUUUAAAAAAUAUUUUUUCAUCAAAUGGUCAAUAUUCUAUUCAAUCAUGUCGUUUAGUUAUUGAUCCAAUAUCUAAACAUCCACGUGGUAGUGCAUUUAUUCAAUUUACUUCAUCGAAUGAUGCAGAAAAAUGUUUAAAUUUAUUCUAUACAUAUCAUGGACAAGAAUUACAAGUUGAUAUGGCAUUAGGUCGUAAUCAACUUGUUAAAGCAAAAGAAUUACGUGAUAAAAAAAAAGAAAAUAUUAAAAAACAUGAUCAACGUAAUUUAUCACUUGCUAAUUAUGGUGUUAUACUUAAUUUAAAUGAAUUAGAUGGAAAUGAAAAUGAUUUAAAAAAACGACAAAAUUUAGAAGAUAUUAAAAAACAAAAACUUAAAAAUUCAUUAUAUUUUAUUUCAUCAACACGUUUAACUAUACAUAAUUUACCAAAAAAUAUUGAUGAUGAUAAAUUACGAAAAAUAAUUAUUGAUAUAUUAAAAAAAAAUAAUAUAUCAAUGAAAGAUAUUAUUAUUAAUGAAUGUCGAGUAAUGAAAACAAAUAAAGAUGCUAAAAAAUCUCUUGGUUAUGGUUUUAUUAAUGUAUCUCGUCAUGAAAUAGCAUUAAAAAUUAUUGAAUUACUUAAUAAUAAUAAAUAUAUAUUUGGUUCAAAUCGACGACCUAUUGUUCAAUUUUCAAUUGAAAAUCGUCAUGCUUUACAAUUAAAAGAAGAACGACGUGAACGAUUACAUGCUAAACAAGAAUUAUUAAAAAAUUCAAUAGAUAAAACAUUAUCAUUUGAAAAUAAUAUAAAAAAAAAGAAAAAACAAAUAGAUUUACUUGAACAACAACAACAAAAUAAAAAAAUUCGUCUUAGUGAAAUUAUUAAACAAGAAAUUAAUGAAGAUUUAAAUAAUUCUUUAAAUGAUAAUGAAAAUUCUAUGGAAAUUCAUAAUGAAUUAAAAUUUAUUAAUAAUUCAAAUAUUAAAAAGAAAAAAAAACGAUCAAAAACAAAAUCUAAAAGUGAAAUACGAGAUAAUCUUGAUCGAAUAAUUGCAGCAAAUACAAAAAAUAAAUUACAAUUACCACAAAAAACAAAGAAAAAAUGGUUUGAAUAA